AAGUCAGAACGAAGUGAGCAAGACUUGGCGCGGAAUACUUGCAGAGAUGCCCGAAGCAGCCUAGGUCGAUCGCGAGCGACGCACCCACACGCAGCAAUGGGCCAGCUUCGUCCACAGCCGCACGUCUAUCGAACGCAUCACACACCGGUCUACGUUCGCCGAAGCGGCUUGCCCAGUGUUAAAGCGAGUUCGUUUUUUCUCUAUCUAGCUCUCGGGGCCGUCCUGCCGUUUCUCAAGGAACAUCUUGCCCAUCAAGGGCUAAACGAAGAAGAGACACUUCUGGUAGAAGCCUUAUCCGCUUUGGCGUCAUGUGGCCUUCCCUUACUUUUGGUCCGUACAGCUGACCAUGUCGGGUGUCACCGCGGAAGUUUAUUUAUAGCGGUCGUAAUCACCGCUGUGGCGUAUCCAGCCCUCAUGUUUGUUCCCCGAGUACAGAGGUUGCCCAGAGAGCCCGUUCUUGAAUACGACUGUCGAGAGGGUCUUAUAGUUGAACGCUGCCCGCAAUGGACAUCUUGUGCGGAGUCUGAUCUCAAUCCUCUUGGAGCAGCCAAUUUCAGGCUUGUCGAUUGUCGCGUCAGAUGUCGGCCUGAUGAUGAGUCAAUGUCGUUUGGCCCAAUCCACUUCUGCUUCAUGUCGGGAAUCGAUAAAUCGCAACAUUGCCAUGUUUUGGAGCGAGGUAAUACAUCUGUAAGUUUUACCUCGACAUUUCUAUCGUCAACGGCGAGGUCUUUAGCCUGGACGCCUGCAGACCCUACUGACAUACAGGCGGUCUGUGGAUUUGAUCUUAUGUCCCCAAUCAGCUUCAACGGAAAGGCCUACAAUGACCUCGUGUGUAGGAGUGCAACAUCCAAUUGUGUCCGGUGCAAGGUUUCAAUAGCUGAUUCAAAUGGCCGUCAGAUGAAAGCUGCCUCGUGUAUCGAGGAAGAAGGUGAUCCUCAGUUAACGCUAUGGUUCACGUUGAUACUUCGCUGCGCCGGCGAUGCAUUUGCCAUGUCAGCUGUUAUUCUUCUGGAUUUGUUAGCUUUGGACGCUUCACGCGAUUCAAUGACUAAAUUAGGUUGUAUACGCGUCUGGAGUUGCCUCGGAGGCUCGAUAGGGGCUUUGGUGUCUGGUCUGCUGCUCGACUACUUUAAGACAAACGUAGAAGCAAUCCAAUGGGCGCCGUCUGCUAUUCUAUUUGCCGGUUGCUGCAUCGUUAUCGAAGCUAUAGCGUGUUGCUUAUUGCGGCCAGUCGAAGGAAUCAGCUCGUUUUUUAUCGAUCAUGGCUCGCAACACCGGCGCCUCUGGUCGGGCGAAAUGAUCCUCUUACUCGUCCUUACCAUAGCGCUUGGCACUGAUCUUGCCCUUAUCGAAGGUCAUGUCAAACCCUGGUACCAAACUAUGGGAGCUUCGUUUGCGGAUCUCGGCCUAAGUUGGAGUGUUCCGCUGUUAAUUGCCUUGCCCCUUAUGACGGCGGCCGAUACUCUUCUCAAAGGAACUGGGCGCGUGAACCUCCUGGUGUUUGCGUCUCUCUUUUAUGCCACGCGGAUGGCUGGAGUAUCGUUCGUUCGGUGCCUCCGAUGGGCGGUCCCGUUCGAGCUGUUGACCUGUUUAACCGGUCCUGUUUUCUGGCUUGCCUUAGUCUCGUACAGUCGAAAGAUUUCGCGACCGGAAAACCGUUCACUCGUACAUACACUUGUCAACAUUGCACAUAUCGGAAUUGGGAGGCUACUUUGCCUAGUUGUAGGCUCAUUUGCUAUCGAAACGGUCGGACUGCGCUGGACCCUUCGACUGGCGGCUACAGCCACGGCAGGCAUAGGGCUUACGUUUUACAACUGCUACCACUGCUGCGUGAGGGUCGCCCGCAUUCGCAGGUUACAAAGGCGAAGCCAUCUUCACCGACAGCUAAGCACUGAUAAUGGCCAGUGGUAUCCAGACUCGAUUCAGGGAGAGCCUUACAGCUGGCCCGUUAUGGAGCCCCCUCGAGUGCCUCCACUCCUCAGGCCGCGUUCUGCUCUCGCCAUACCUUCGGCCUACGAUUCGGACGAUUCUGACGACCCUUACGGAUACGGUGGUGCUGGGAGUCUUUACUAUAGCCGAAACAACUUUUCACGAUCAACCUCGAGACUACCACGACAAAGUCAGAUAUAGAGCACUCGCCGUUUUUUAGUAAUCCAGAAGACACAGACUUUACGAUCGAAUUUGCAACUAUGAAUUGACGGAAAAGUUAAUAAAAGCUUUUGAAUGAACAUGGUAAAUGAUACUUGUGCUGAUGAAGAAAAAAAAGUCUAACAUGUUGCUACAUUUAUAGAUAACACCAUCAAAUACAAAAUUUCCGUAAGGUUACUACGGAGUAGCGGGAAACGUUUUGUGCUAAACUGAAUCAAAGUUCGUAGGUAUCAUAGUAAGGAUGCAAUUUAUUUGAACAAAAACACUAUAAAUGUGAGCCAUAUUAUAGUAGCAUAAAUAGCAAGGCCAACUUACGUCUAUUAGAUGCAUUGUUUCGUAGAGUUACGCAUGCUCAAAUACUCUAGAACAUCAAUGUAAUAAAAUAAUUGCAUUUUUAUGGAAUAUAGGCCAAACAAAGAAGGUCGCAAAAGCAUGAUUUAAACGCAUGAAUCACCACUUUGCUACAUAAAUAGAGUAUCUGAA